AAAACCCCUUACAUAAAGUAAAGACUAAAGUAAUACAAUGUAACUGUGUAAGUCUUUAGAUAUAGAAACUCUCUUUCUUUUCUCAAAUUUCUUUUAAAUUCUAGACAAAAUGUAUGUUUUCAAUUUAUUUUAAUUAAUUUUUACUGAUUCUAUUUAAUUUUAACGUGCCAUGGAUUUCCGAGUUUAUUUGGAUGGUAUUCAACGUAUAGUUUCCGGUGUCACCCUUGAAACCACAUGUAAAGAUAUUGUUUUAUGUUUGGCUCAAGCAACUCAGCAAUUUGGAAAAUUUAUUUUGGUUGAGAGAUGGCGAAACAAUGAAAGACUUCUGAAUCCUAAUGAUUAUCCAAUUAAAUUGCUAAGUCAGUGGGGAGAAUAUGCCUCGGAUGUUAUGUUCAUUAUGAAAAGAUGUGAUCAACCAUUGGCUGAUUCAUCUACUAAGUUACAAAGCUCUGCUAAUCAUAAUUUACAGUUACAACAUCAAUUAAGACAACAACAACCACGGCAGUACCAACCGAAUGAUCCUAAUUUGCUUGCGAGUAAAGUUAAUCAAGGCAAUCGUGUAGAAAGUAAUCAUUUAAAGCCAACAAAUUUAAUCAGUGAAAAUCAAGAUCAUUAUGGUACAUGUAUACCUCGAAAACAUGUUUAUUAUCAAGAAGAAAAGUUAAUCAACAUGCCCAGUAAAUCUUCUAGUCAAUCAAUCCCACUAAAUCAGAGUGGUAUUUCACAAGAAUCCCCGGUAGAUAUUGAAUCGGAUUAUGGUACUAAUCAAGCUCUCAUGAAAAGACCAAAGCAUCCACCUCCUUACUAUGAAGCCAUUACUAAAAGUGCGUUAUUAAGAUCUUCACCUUCAGAUCCUGUUGAAGCUAGUCCAGAAGCCUCUGGUGUGCACUGGUUACAAGGAGAAGCUGGAAACUCGUCAAUAUGCUCCAAAGGAAUUAAUCGAUCAAACUGCGAAGAUCAAGAAGAAAGCCAAAGCAUGGUUAAAAGUAGUCGAAACUCUGAGGAAGCUAGAAACAAACAACCAUAUCGUCAUGAUGAAAUUAAAAUAAACGAUGUCAAAUUGUCCAGUUUACAGAAAGAAACGUUAAAUGCCAGUAAUCGCCAAAUCCUCGAGACCAAUUCCUCAAACAAUUAUUGGGCCUCUAAAUUUCGAUCUCUCAAUCCCCGACAAAGACAAGAUGUUCUAAAUGACUCUCGAAGACUCGAUAGACUAUCCGAGAUUCAACGAGAAUCAAUGAUCAAUGUCGAAUCAGAUGAACUCAAUGAUACCAACGAGCUUACUAGAUUUGACAUGGAACCUAAAGCUAUUGAAGUUGACGAAAAUAAAUUGAGAACUCAGUUGUCCGAAAUAGAGAAUCAAAUUUCUGACUGUCGACAAAGUAUUGAACAAUUGAUGGACCAAAUAAAUCAAUUGAACCUUCAAAAAGAAGAGGAGGAAUUGUUAAAGCGAAGAGAGGAAACAAAAAUAAAAACACAACUAAUAGAAAUGACCAAAGAAAAAUCAAUUGAAUUUGAACGUCAGUCCGAACAAUUAAGGAUGGUUGAUGAGGAACUAAAAGAAUCUGAUGAAAUGCUUAAAGAGCGAAUUAAAAAGAUCGAAAAAAUUUUACAAGAUUUGAAGGAAGCAAAUUUACAAGGUCUAAGUUUAUUGCCUAGAGACGAGCUUUUUUCUAAAAAUCUCCCACAAAUGAAGACUUCCCAAAGCCAUGUUAUCAUCAAUCCUGAUGCCAGAAAUUCAUUCCAAACUAAACAACAAAGACCCGGUAGCACAAGGAAAAUGUUUGUCCCUCCUCGAGAGCUGAAAAAUGCUGUUGCUACCAGUAAAAACCCUCACGGAGUUUGGGUUUGAGCAUUUUUAACUAUUAUCAAGUUAUCCAGUUAUCUUCCAACCUUCCAAAGACAAAGAAAGUUACAAUUCGCAAAGCUACUUAGUCUUCUCCGUCCAAAGUUAUUUUUUGAAAUCAACAUUACCAUAACAAGGAUUAUCCCUUAAUUUACCUCACUAAUUUUUAUCCAUUUCUUUUUUUAACAUAGACAAUCAUCAUAAAGUUUUCACUUAUGAAAGCUUUUGUUAACUACUUAUGGUACUUUUAUAGUGAUCACAAAAUUGUAAAAUUGUCCAUUUAACCAGCUCAUUUACAAGCUUCAAGUUAAAUCUUCUAAUUUCAACUUGUAGUGAAUUAAUUUAAGAUUUAUUAGAGAAUCGAUGUAACAAUGAUGAACGAGACUCAGUUUAAUCUGAGAACGUUUUAUCAGAUGAAACACAGGCAAAUCUUCCCUCUAAGAUUUAUAAACUUGCUUUUCUUUUGUUAUUCUAACUUCCUAACUAAAACAGUCACUAACUUAGCAAAAAGAAAAGCAAAGAAAUUAUGUUUAUCUUUCAUAUAUUAACCAACUAUCAAAGCAAUUUCACAAAUUGACAUUUUUAUUAUACAAUUUGUCAAUUAAUUAACCUUUAACAAAACACAAAAAUGCUAUCACAGCUCACCAAUCAAAUUACCUUUGAAAAUUAAAACUCCAUGCAAAAUGAAA